AGUUUUCCUUUCGUUCCCCAAACACCCGUUUCUCUGCUCUCGGCUCGCCCUAUUUCUUCUGUCGAAUUGCCCUCCGCUUCGGAGUUAGGGUUCAUCUUCGCUCCCGAAUCGAAGGGUUUAUUCCGUCGAUUGCGCUACUUGAUUUCGAUCAAAACUGGUGUUUUUAAUCUUCAAUCCUGGUUUUGAUCCCGAUCGAGAUUUCCGGGAGAGUUUGACAUCCGAUCGGUGUUUGCUGUGCUUUUUCGUUUUUGGGGUUAGAUUUGAGGUUUUUAGGGUAGAUUAGCGUUCUGCAGGAGGUAUGAGGGUUCAUCCAGCACCCAGGAAGCGGAACAUCACCUUCCGCUACGACGUGAAUCCGGCGGCCACCGCCGCAGCCGUGCUCAACCGGCAAAAGAAGCUCCGCCGCCUGCCCCACAUCUUCAGCAAGGUCUUGGAGCUUCCCUUCGAGGCCGAUGCUGACGUAGCCAUCGAGGAGAACUCCGAGGGCUUCCGGUUUGUCGCGGCCACUGACGAUCUCUGGGGCAACGUCCGAGCCCACGCGAUCGAGAUACACCCCGGGGUGAUGAAGGUGGUGGUACGGGACGGCGGCGGCGUCGACCUCGAGGAGGGGCUCGAGCUCGAUCGAUGGAGGUUCCGGCUGCCGCCCUCCACCCGGCCGGCGCUGGCCACCGCCUCUUAUACCGGCGGCGUGCUCGUGGUAACCGUGCCUAAGGGGGCGAGGUCCGAGGAGGAAAAUGGAGGAGCACAGGAAUUCCUCGGUGGCCGUCUGGUAAUUGUACAGUAAGUCUAUGAUGCUAUGUUCUCGCUGUUUCGAUUUCGGAGUCAUGGAAGAACAAUUAAUGCCUGGCACUCUUGAAACUAAUUAUCCUCGAUGUAAUUACGAGAGGUUGCUAUUUCUUUUGA